AUGUCCUUGUCAGGCAAAGUCGCCAUCGUCACCGGCGGCGCGCGAGGCAUCGGCGCCGCCAUCGCGUUGAAGCUCGCUCGGGAAGGGGCCAGGGUCGCCUUCACUUUUGUAAACACUUCAUCAAUAGCCAAGGCCCAUGAGGUCAUAUCCGAGAUCGAGGCCUGCGGGUCCUCGGCGACCGCCAUCCAAGCCGACGUCUCCAAGCAUCAGAAGAAGGUCAUCGAGCGGACCAUGAUGGCGUUUGGAGUCACCAAGAUCGAUAUCCUCGUCAACAACGCCGCCGCGACGCUCAGCGCGACGCUCGACGACACUACCACCGAGGACUACGACCGCAUCUUCGACACCAACACACGCGCCGUGUUCUUCAUGAUGCAGGCCGUCAAGCCGCAUAUUGCGCCGGGCGGUCGCAUCAUCAACAUCUCAUCCGUCGCCGCGCGCGCCGAUUCGCCGGGCAGCAUGGCCUACGCUGGGAGCAAGGCGGCCGUCGAGGCGUUCACGCGCGUCGCGGCGCGAGAGAUGGGGCAGGCGCAUGGCGUGACUGUGAAUUGUAUUAGUCCGGGGACGGUCAAGACGGAGAUGUUUGACUCGCUGCCCGACGACCAGCGCAGCGCCGACUUGGAGAGGGCUUCGCUUACGCCUGCCGAGGCGAGGUUGGGUGCUGUGGAGGACAUUGCCGACGUUGUUGCGUUUGUGGCGAGCGAUGAGUCCAGGUGGAUUACGGGGACGGUGAUUCCCGUCAACGGAGGCCGUCUGAUGAAUUGA